GAGCUAAGUUCAAGGAGCUCUGUGUGUUUUCUGAUGCGUCCAAGCAAGUAAUUGCAGCAGUUGCUUACCUCAAAACAGUUGACUCAGAUGGUAACUGUCAUAUGGGGUUCAUCACAGGCAAAUCAAGGCUAGCGCCGCAACCAGAGCUCACUAUACCUCGUCUGGAACUCUGCGCGGCUGUCUUAGCUGUGAACAUAAUGGAAACCAUCACUGCGGAGAUUGCUGUCAAAUUUGAUGAGAUUACCUUCUUUACGGAUAGUCGAGUUGUCCUUGGAUAUAUCCAUAAUGAGAAACGUAGAUUUCAUGUCUACGUAAGCAACCGUGUACAAAGGAUCCGAAACAGCAGCAAUCCAGAACAAUGGCAUUAUGUGAGCUCAGAGAAUAAUCCAGCAGAUGUUGCAACACGACCAAUAGCUCCAGCUAAGUUGCAGGACACUAUAUGGUUCAGCGGGCCACCAUUCUUGCAUCAUCUAAAAACGGAGACUUCACCUAAAGAAUCCUUUACACUUGUUGAUCCUGAUCAAGAUUCAGAAGUUCGUCCAGAGGUUACAGUGUUGUAUACCACUAUCUCAAAUCGCUUUGAACGCUUUUCGGACUGGAGCCGAUUAGUCAGAGCUGUUGGAAAGCUGAUUCAUAUUGCUCGCUCUUACAAGCAGGACCAAGAAGCCACCCCUCAAGUAUGCAAAGGAUGGCACUGUUGUAAACUGCCUCUUGAUGCUGACACAAUACUCCAGAGCUCUGAAGUUGUCAUACGAGCAGUGCAACUGGAAACUUAUGCUGAUGAGUUGCAGUGCCUCAAACGGAACGAACCACUUCCCAAAACUAGCACACUUCGAAAUCUAGAUCCCUUCAUUGAUCCAAGUGGAUUGUUGAGGGUUGGAGGUCGUCUGGACAAAGCAGAUCUAGGUUCUGAAGAAAAAAGACCCCUCAUCAUACCCGGCAAGAAUCAUGUUGCAUUACUUCUGACACGACACUUUCAUGAGCAGACGCAUCAUCAGGGUCGCCACUUCACUGAGGGGGCGAUAAGAUCUGCUGGCUACUGGAUAAUUGGAGGCAAAAGACGUGUGAACAAUCUCGUCCAUUCCUGUGUUAUGUGCCGCAGACUCAGGAGGGGCUGCGAGACUCAAAAGAUGGCAGAUUUGCCCAUUGACAGGCUUAGCACAGAGCCACCCUUCACACAUGUGGGAUUAGAUGUGUUUGGCCCCUGGUCUGUAUCUGCUCGUAGGACAAGAGGUGGCUAUGCUGAAAGCAAAAGAUGGGCAGUCCUAUUCACAUGUCUAAGCAUCAGAGCGAUUCAUAUAGAAGUCAUUGAGUCCCUGGAUUCCUCCAGCUUCAUUAAUGCUUUGAGGAGGUUUCUGGCAAUCCGGGGUCCAGUGAAACAGAUUCGCUCCGAUAGAGGCACCAAUUUCAUCGGAGCUUGUAAAGACUUGCAAAUCCCUUCCAAUGUUGAUGAAAAGGCGGUGAAACAAUUCCUGUCAGAUCACGGCUGCAUGUGGACGUUUAAUCCUCCGCAUUCAUCGCACAUGGGGGGUGCAUGGGAGAGGAUGAUCGGCAUUGCUCGUAGAAUCUUGGAUUCUAUGCUUCUGCAGAUGACAUCCUCUAAACUCACACAUGAAGUACUCUCCACCUUCAUGGCUGAAGUCACUGCCAUUAUAAACAAUAGACCACUGAUACCUGUGUCAACUGAUCCAACAGAUCCUUUCAUCCUAACACCUGCCACGUUACUUACCCAAAAGACUGAUGCUAGCUCUGUUCCAACGGGGGACUUUGGAAAGCCUGAUCUGUACAAGCAACAGUGGCGCACGGUGCAAAGUCUUGCAAAUACCUUCUGGGACAGAUGGCGUAAACAGUACCUUUCUACCCUACAGCAUCGACGAAAAUGGCACCAUCAGCAACCCAACAUUUCCAAAGGAUGCAUAGUUCUGCUGAAGGACUCUCAGUCUAAACGGAACAAUUGGCCCCUGGGCAUCAUAACGGAAACUUACCCCAGCCAAGAUGGGCGAGUACGGAAAGUGCAAGUGAAAAUCAUUGGAAAAGACGGACCCAAACUAUUUCUGAGACCUAUUAAUGAGAUAGUACUCUUACUUCAUGAAGAUUCUGGAUAGACUAUUCAGGUUUAAACUUAAUUAAGAAGGUUUGGAAUUCCCUGAAUCCCAGACGGGGAGUGUGCUGUUCUCUAUGAACAUUUUUGCAUUGUUAGUUGAAAUGUUAUAGUAGAGUGACCCCUUCUGUUCAAAUUGGGGUAUUGCAUGUUAUUUUUUAAGUCCUUAUAUGAUGACAUCACAAAUGUGAGCCUAGUUUUCAGCAGCAGCAGGGAAGAGCAUGCAGUCAUGGCUACUGCUCCUCGAUUUAAGUUGAUUUGAAGGCACUUUCGUUUUACGUUAUUCCAUGGACAACAGUAAAUGUUGAAAACCAUUCUUGCCUUUGUUGUCUUUGGAGGGCGUUAUCUGACUGCAUAUUCAAGCAAGGCGUUUGAAAUUAAGGGCAG